AUGGCGGUUCUUGUAGUUUUUUGGGCAGUCCAUACGGGGACUGCAAAUGUCCACUUUCGUGGACAGGAUCAUACUGCGAGGUCGUCAGUUGAUAUUUUCCCCGCCACUGGAUUCGAAGGAACUACACGUUAUGGAAGCAUAAAACCAGGGUCUACUUUCUUCUUAAGCAGUGAUAAUGUUGGAAACGAUGGCACUAAAUACUGCGUAGAGUUUGGAUAUUUCAUGCAUGGGGAGAAUAUUAAGUUAAACGUAAUACAGUUCUCCCUUAUAAGUGGAACUCCCACAACACUCUGGCAACAGACAAGUGACAGUGCAUCUGGAAGUCUCGGGCGUUGGCAGAAAGCCGAGUUUACCUUUCAAGGACAAACCGGAACAUCCUUUUUAAUACGUGGGUCAACAGAAAACAGUAGUAAUGGAAUUCUUGCUGUGGACCAGAUUAAAACUUACAAAGGCGAUUGUAUCUAGCUUCAGCAUUUCCAAAUAGUAUACUUUUAAUUGACAAACCAAU